AUGGGGUCCUCGGACGCACUUCCGACAUUGGAGUCGCUGCAUUUCCCGUCGGCGCAGAUGUCCAUCUCCCAGACACUCUCGUCACUGCGUCGAUCGGCGCUGUCCGUUUCAAAUAGACUUCAGUCUAUUGAAGACGAUGGCGCUUUUGUACAUGAAGUUGCCGAGCAUUAUGGUCUUCCCCUUGUUGCCAAUGAACGCUGUGGAAGCUGGUAUAUUCCGCCCGACUCAAAGGUUGGCAGUGCCUACUUUAAAAGCACUGAUGGACACACUGGGGAGUGGGAUUUUAGCUUGCGUAGGCUGAAUCUACAGCUACUGCCUCUUGCUAGAGAUCAUGGGGGCUGUGUAAUAGUCGACUCAACCCGCCGAGGAAAACUAAUGCCCGAUGCUCUAUCGAAAACAAUCCCAAUCUGGAGCGCCGUCCUGAACCGGGCCCUGUUCCCGUCCGAGACUGCGUACCAUGCCGUGUCACUGCCGCCAAAUUAUCUGGGUGCCUCGGAAGAAGCGCAGAUCGAGGGUCGGAUUGGGGGGUUUGUGGAUUCUUUGAAGUCCCUGAAACUCGACCUUGAUGCUCUCCGCACCCAACUCACUAAACCAAUUCGCAUUGCAUGGGCUAAUAGAUCCUACUAUCACCCCUCGGACCUCACCAAAUGUGAUGACUACAAUCUCCUUGUACUAUGUUCGGCCUCGAGACGUGUACACGGUGCCGAGAUGUCCGAAGGCGGAUAUAUCCAAGGAGCUGGCGAUGACAGUGAGGGUUGGGCACAUGGAUUGACGCCGCCGGUUUUCUGGGCAAAUCAUGAUUUGUUGAAGGCCACCUCUGAGGAGGAUUUGCCUGAGUUAAUCGGACGUUUGAUUGGGGAAUUCAAGGUUGGGAAUGGUAGUGCUGAUGUUACUGUCAUUAAGCCUACGGCGAAUUUGUUUAUUGGGGAGGUUGGGGCUGCGAAUGGAAACUUCGAUCUUAUUAUUGAUUGUAAUGGAGAUCCUGCUUUGGAUGUGGAAGGGAACGGAAAGAGGCUCAAUCUUGGAUGUGCGUCUGGGAAGUUGGGGAGUCGCGAUCUACGCAGGUCUUUGGAGAAAGUGCGUGAGUUUGUUGGGGCGAAACUUGGAGUCGAAGCAUCGCUUUCGUUGUUGGUUGUCUGUGAGACUGGGAAGGAUCUUUCGGCGGGGACACUGCUGGCGAUUAUUUGCCUGUUCUUCAACGAUGAUGGUGGCUUUGAUGCCUCGAUGAGCAAGCGCGCGAUAGGCAAGCAGUUCAUCCGACAGCGUUUCGCUUGGCUCGUGUCGUCGAAACACGACGUGAAUCCGUCUCGAGCCACGCUUCAGUCUGUGAAUGCAUUUCUGAUGUCUUGA